AUGUCAUCACCGCCGCCAACGAACCCCCUAAAACGCCCCUCGAUCUCAUCCUCCGCCUCCCUGCCGCUCGGCACCAACCCUAAACGACCACGCAUGCACCCGCUCCGCCAGACUUCCUUCCCGACGACGAUCGACGCGGAUUCGCGCGGAUAUGGCGCGGCUAGCGAUGCGGGCAGCGUGACGGGCAGUUUCACGGGGAGUCUGGGGGGCACGAGCGCGGACGGUGUCUUUCGGAACAAGAAACGCGGGCGCAAGAGUAAAGCGGAGAAGGAGCGCGAGAAGGAGGAUGCGGCGAGAGGGGAGAUGCGGUCGUCCGUGGAUGCGGAGGGGUCUGUGAGAGCUGGUGCGACGGGCGGUGGAGGCGGAGAUGAUGGGGAUGAUGACGAGGAUUUCGAGGAUGAAGGGGAACUGCUGGGAAGAGAGGAAGGCGCUACGGAUACGGAGGCGGAGAAGAAAAAUCUUGCAUUGCUGGUCGAUGCUUUUAAUCCUUUACAGUCCGAGCGGUACGAUCUGUUUAAACGAGCGAAGCUGAGGAAAGAGACCUUGCGGCGUAUUGUGAAUCAUGCGCUAUCACAGUCCGUGCCGGCGAGUGUGGUGACUACGAUCAACGGGUUUACGAAGGUGUUUGCAGGAGAGAUUAUUGAAAAGGCUCGGACGGUGCAGGCUGAAUGGGCGGAGGCACACGAUCAGGCUGCGAUAGCUGCUUUUGAGGCUGAAGAGGCCGCGACAAUGGCGCGAGCUGCGAAUGCGUCGGCUCCUGGCACUCCAGGUCCCGGUACGCCGGGCCCCGGCGGACUGCCUCUAGUGAAACAAGAGUCCUCGAAUCCCUCGUCUUUCCCGUCUACACGUGCCCCCGGGACACCGGUCCCAUCCGGCGUAGCAAGUCCGCAGCAGUCGGUAAACGGCACUGCACAACCUACACGGGAGCGGAUAUUCAAGAUGCCUCCUAAUCCCCACCGGGGACAACUACUUCCGUCGCAUUUGCGAGAGGCUUUACGGCGCUGGAAGCGGGAUGGAGAGGGAGGCGGUGUCGGGUUCUCCGGACUGAGUAUGGGCAAUCUGGGAGUUCGGGGAUCGGUGACGUGGGGAGCAGGCAGUAUUGGCGGGCGACGAAUUUUCCGCUAA